AUGAAAGAUAAGUUUCUAAGUAACAAUGAAAUCUUAUUUUAUGAAACAGAAGAUGGAAAGGUAUGUAUAGAGGUAAGGUUUGAGAAUGACAACCUAUGGCUUACACAGAAACAUAUGGCUGAGCUAUUUGGUUGUUCAAAUGAUAAUAUUUCAUUGCACUUAAAGAAUAUUUAUCUAAGUAAAGAAUUAGAUAAAAGUUCAACUACCGAGGAACUCUCGAUAGUUCAAAAAGAGGGACAAAGAGAGAUAAAACGUAAUGUAGUAUUCUACAAUUUAGAAGCUGUAAUAUCAAUAGGCUAUCGUGUUAAUUCAGAGCGUGGCAUAGCUUUUCGUACAUGGGCAACUGAUAAACUAAAGAAGUACAUUUUUAAAGGUUUUGCAAUAGAUAGUAAUAGAUUUAAGAAUGGAACAAAAUUUGAGGCCAGGUUCUUUGAUGAGUUAGUUGAAGAAAUAAGAGAGAUUCGAGCUAGUGAACGUAUGGCUUACCAAAAAAUUACAGAUAUUUAUGCAACUUCAGUAGACUAUUCGAGUUGUGCAAUUGAAACAAAAAAUUUUUUUAGUGUAGUGCAAAACAAGCUACAUUUUGCUAUUACCGGAAAUACAGCAGCAGAAAUCAUAGCAAAUAGAGCAAAUCGAAAUAAACCAAAUAUGGGCCUAACAAAUUGGCGAAAAGCUCCUAAAGGGAAAAUGUUUCUUUCUGAUACACAGAUAGCAAAAAACUACUUGGAUAAAAAUGAAAUUGCUCAAUUGAAUAAGAUAGUGAAUAUGUAUAUAGACCAUGCAGAGUUUCAAGCUGCUCGAGGUAAAGUGAUGUAUAUGAAAGAUUGGAAGGAAAAGCUUGAUGCAUUUUUAAAAUUUAACGAGCAAGAGAUAUUAAAGGACCAUGGUAGAGUGUCUCAUGAGGUAGCAAUUGCUUUAGCCACAAAAGAAUAUAAAGAAUUCAGAAAAACACAAGACAAAUCAUACAAGUCAGACUUUGAUAAAUUGGUAGAAGAAAGCAAAAAGAAAAACCUAAACCACAACUAAGAAACAUAUGUCUCAAAAUAAAAUA